ACCAAACAAUCACUUUCUCUCUCUAAUAGGUUUCAACUUUAUGUGUUUUCUUGUAUGAAGAAGGAUCCGUGUGAAAACUUCAAUGGCCGAUUCAACCUUUUCCGAUCUGUUUCCAGGACCAGGCUUUCCUUUCUCAAGCAUUUUCGACGUGACAACGUGCGAAGAAGAUCAAAUGCUUAAAGGUUCAGGUUUGGGGUUGAUGGAUAUGAUAGGAAUCCAAGAUCAUUUUUACAUCCAAUCUGAUCUCUUCGAUCUUUUCAAGCCUCAGCUGCUCCCUUCACCGGCGACGACAUUAGAAGUGGUGGAUAUACCCGUUACACCGAAUUCUCCAUCCUUUUCAACAUCAUCCACUGAGGCCCCAAAACCAAGAGAUGAAGAAAAAGAAGAUCAACAUAAGGAAGAAAACACCAAAUCAAAUCAGUUGAAACCGAAGAAAAAGAACCAAAAAAGAUCAUUUGAACCAAGAUUUGCCUUCAUGACCAAAAGUGAGAUUGAUCACUUGGAUGAUGGAUACCGUUGGAGAAAGUACGGCCAAAAAGCUGUUAAAAAUAGCCCUUAUCCGAGGAGUUACUACCGUUGCACUACAAUGUCAUGUGGUGUGAAGAAGAGGGUAGAGAGAUCUUUCUCCGACCCAUCGACAGUUAUCACGACAUACGAAGGGACCCACAUGCAUCCAUGUCCAAUGAUGUCUCGAGGAUUCCUAUCGGGUGUCGGACCUUCUUUUAAUGUUACACAACAUUAUGAGUCUAUGUAUCACUAUGACCCUAACCCUAAGAUGAUCAUGAGUACUAUACCGAUCACACCACCACCGGUUUCUUUCGAUUCCGGUUCAAUUCAUACUCUUCCUGUAUCAGCAUCGAUGAGUGAUCAUGGGAUGCUCCGAGAUAUGAUUCUACAAACUCAGAUGUGGAUGGAACCGAAAGAGGAGUAGGUAUAAUUGGUCCAUAAUGAGGAAGUUGGUUUUAAUUGCAAUUUUCAUCAAUUAGGGUUACAUCUUUUUUUUUCUUUUUCUUUUAUUAUUAUCAGCAUCUAGUUAGCUUGGGGUUAUCUUUAGGUAUCUAUAACUGAUCAUCUCACCGAAUGGAUUCGAAUUCACCUAUAUUCUCUUUAGUAUUCGCUGUAAUAUAUUAAUCAUGAUGACUUUGAAGGAGAAUAUUUGCUAUAUUUUGGAUAUUAUUGUAAAUCCUUUUUUUUAGUUCUCACUUUCCUUAAUCUUCUAGAAAUAAUUUAAAUUUAAAG